AUGGGUAACUGGCCAGACGGAGGGUCCAAGAUCGCCCGGCGCUCAUCAAGUCCCGCUGAAGGAUAUCCAGGAAUCGCUUCGGACCUGAUCCCCCGACGGGCAAAUUUAACCUCAGAUUCGACUCAAUCGAGGCCAGACUUCGCAAACUGCGAGAGCGACGACGAUUGUCUCCUGAUCAACAGCGAUUGGCCGGUAGACGCGGACGAGCCAGCACCUGGAGUGAUUUCCUCGCUUGAACAUCCUAGUCUGACACCCUCUCGUCACGCUUUCGACCUUGCGAUUGGCCGUGACAUAUUAUAUUCGAGAUCUGCAGCUUCUCAGAUUCCAUCCUCACUAGCUCAAAGUGAUGGUACCGAAACCAAGGUGCCCGGGAGCUCACCAGAGAACCCGAUCGACAUGUCAGAUACUGACACUCAGCUGCGCCAGGCCUGUGUGUCCAGCGAAACCAGUACAGUCCGACGGAAAGCGAGCCCGCAGUCGAUUGUCGACAAAGCAGUGUAUGAAGGUGUUACUGUCCACCUAUCAGACACUGUAAGACUUCUUGAUAAUACGUAUCUGCGAAUUGAGCGUAUUAAUCGGCGAGGUGGAGUAUUCUUUUUCUAUGGCCGAAGACUCCUGCGUACGAAUGACAACCGGUGUCCCCCGUACAUCCCGAGAGACGAAAAAGAGCUUAUCUGGAUGCCCCGUAUGGAUCACGACAAUGGACCUAGCCAAGAGAUCCAGGAUGCUAUCUCUCUAGAUGAGGUGGAUGGCCUCUGCAAAGUGGUGUUCAUCAACUUGCGCCGGGGCAAGAAUGAGCAGAAUGCACCUGGAUCGGGCUUGGUUUGUCGCCUGAAGGUAACCACCAGGAAGCGAAGCACGAUCUCAAACCAUCGUCGUACUGGCCUGUGUCCGAACACCACCCUUGAGACUAUUGUGGAAUAUCUGACUAGUGAUGAAUGUGAUGGAGAACUCGGAUUCACAUCAAAUGAGCUGCGUGAUAUGUCCCGCGGACUAGCUACGGUCCCGUUCGGAGCAGGCAAGGUGCCUUACAGGGAGCUGCCCACACUCGACCAUGACGGUUCUCCGCCAGUGGUGGAUUUCACGACCGAGGGACGUGCCUACACCUUCGGUGAUGCUUACUGCGGUGCUGGUGGAACGUCCUGCGGAGCACAGCAGGCAGGCCUGCGGGUACUAUGGGCCUGCGAUUUGGACAAGCAGGCGACUGAAACAUAUGCGCUGAAUUUUACGGACGUGGACAUUUGGAGAUGCCAGUUUCAUGAUUUUUUGACCAAUAGCCGGCAAUAUUCUCAAGUGGACAUCGCCCACUGCUCCCCACCGUGCCAGACAUGGUCGCCUGCCCAUACGAUGACCUCCAAGCAAGACGAUGACAACUCUGCGUGCGUUUUCAGCGCUGGCAAUUUGCUAGAUCAUGCUCGUCCGCGGAUUCUCACGAUGGAAGAGACAGCAGGGUUGGCGGAACGUUAUAAGGAGGUUUUCUACCGCGUCAUCAUGGAUUUGAUUGAGGCCGGGUACUCGGUUCGCUGGGCGGUGCUGGAUGUCCUCCAAUAUGGCGUACCACAAACACGGAAGAGAUUAAUCAUCUUCGCAGCAGGCCCAGGGGAGACUCUGCCAAAGUUCCCCGAGCCCACACAUGACCUCCCUGGCAGUGGCUGCUUGCCCGUUCAAACGAUUGAAGAUGUCAUCAAAGACAUUCCUCUCGGAGCGCCUAAUCAUGAAGAGGAGGAAAUUCAGGAGCUGCUUGAUCGAUGGCAGCGCAAUGGGCACAAGGCCGAGUACGAUGGUCGCAUGCCGGCUAAGACAUUGACCUGCAGUGGUGGCGAAGCCAACUACCACCCCUCAGGCAAGCGCGCCUUUUCAUGCCGUGAGGUGGCCUGUUUGCAAACAUUCCCGAUGGACUUUAUGUUCUCGACAUCUGGUGUCCGUAAGCAGAUUGGUAAUGCGGUGCCGCCGAUUUUGGCCAAAGCUUUGUACGUCGCCAUCGUUGAAUCUCUGAAGGCAACCGAUGCACGGGAGCUGAACGAGAGGGCGGAGCGGGAACGAGCCGCGUGA